UAUUUUACGCUUAGUAUUAUUUUAGAUCUCGUAUUUAAUAAGCCGUUCGGCAAUCUAGCUUCUAAUUUAAACGUUUAUAACUAUAUUUAUUUAAUAAAAUAUAGUAUACUAAAUAUUAUCGUUACGGCCGUUCUACCCUCCCUAUUCUAUAUAUUAUUAUAG